CGGUAGGCUCGGAGAAAACCUCUAAUGACCGGUGUGGUGACCACCGACUAUACCCGCACUCUACGGUAGGCUCGGAGAAAACCUCCAAUGACCGGUGUGGUGACCACCGACUAUACCCGCACUCUACGGUAGGCUCGGAGAAAACCUAUAAUGACCGGUGUUGUGACCACCGACUAUACCCGCACUCUGCGGUAGGCUCGGAGAAAACCUCUAAUGACCGGUGUGGUGACCACCGACUAUACCCGCACUCUACGUGGCCUGGGACUGUAGUAUAUGAUAAGACUGACACAAUGGAACGUGAGAUAAGUUACACUGUAUACCUCUACUAAAAUGUAGUGGCCUCUGUUUACAUGUAUCUUAUCUUGCGUUCGUCGGUAUGGAUGCGAAUAUUUGUAGAAUGUCAUAUAGAUACACAUUUAAACUGGUUUGGCAAAACCAUGAUAAUUAGAAACGAGUGAAUGCAUAUUCAUGACUUUUAUGACGCGAUAGAUAACUGAAUCAAACACCGCAAGCAAACGUGUGUCUACUGUCCAUUAGUUACGGCAGCAUUGAGUUACAAUAUUCCAGUCCCAAUCAAGGAAAGUAUGCGACCAUUACCAUUGUUCAUGGCGCGAGCACUGAAGGCGCUGUUUUGUAUGCUGCUUUUGGCGACUCUUUGUUUGUACGGGGCAAUUGAGACCAUGUUCAAUAUGACUGGCCACCGAUACUGGCCAAAAUUCGCCGUUGGAGCAUGGCGUUCUCAAGAGAAUAACAAAACGGCCACAUAUCAACACCAUAGAACACUGGUUGACGUCAAGGAGGGCGUAUAUUCAAGCCAUGAACACGGGCAGAACAACAACUCAGUCAAACAUUCAAUAUUAUGGUACAAGAAACCAGGAUGGAUUAAUCUUGAUAGCGCCAACGAUGCGAUAUCUAGAGUAUGUUACUAUCAAAACUGCUUCAUGACAGACGAUAACUCCAUCAGCAUCCACAACCAUUCCGCCAUUGUGUUUACGAUGACUGAGCAAAAUGACUUUUCGCCUCCAAUCCGAAGAGUCGACACACGACCUGAUCAAGUAUGGCUAUUUUUCGGUUUAGAAUCGCCAAUAAAUCACAAAUUUAUUGGUCAUAGACAUAAAAGCUGGUUAAACACGAUGAAUUGGUCGAUGUCCUAUCGCACUGAUUCGGAUAUCUUCUUCCCCUAUGGUAUGCUGAGCACAUUACAACCAGGAGGGAAACCGGCUCAACCAAGCGUCUUCAGCAGGAAAACAAAGCAUGCCGCAUGGAUUGUAAGCAACUGUAGGGCGGACAGUAUGAGGGACGAAUACGUACAGGAAAUGAUCGAUUUCGGCUUAAAGGUGGAUAUGUUCGGACGCUGCUCGGGAAGUGAAUUUAGCGACAUUUCGGAAUUACAAAGAACAAUCGAAUCGGACUACAAAUUCUAUUUGAGCUUCGAAAACAGCUUUUGCACGGACUAUAUUACGGAAAAAUUCUUCCGCUACUUUUCUUGGGAAGUAGUUCUUGUUACGCGCGGCGGUGCAAACUAUAGUCGUCUGUUACCUCAAAAUACAUACAUUGACACCGCGCGGUUUCAAUCUGCGAAAGAGUUAGUAGUGUAUCUAUUAGAAAUAGCAGAUUCCGAGGACAAAUAUAUGCAUUAUUUAAAUGAGAAGUCAAAAUACUCAUCGACUGAAUUCGUUCCAUCGCCUUAUUGUAGCAUUUGCGCAAAACUAAAUAAGCUGGCAGAAUACCGAAAAUCAUAUUCUGAUCAUGUGACUUAUAUUCAUGAAGACUUUUGUUGGGCACCACAUGAUCUUUCUAAAUUCCACAUUUCAAUUACCAUGUAUGUAAUUAUUGGAUGUUUCACUACCAUUUGUAUGUUUGUAUGUGUACGGAAAUGGUGUCAAUGUUAAAAGACACUUACUUUAAUUUAUCUUUUUUCAGCGUAAUUGUCUUUUGUCAAAUUUAAUGUUGAGGAAAGUGUUCGGUUGAAUUAAUGGAAUUUGUCGUAUCAUUGAAAUAUACCAAAACUGCGCGAAAUGGAAAAUGUGCAAACUGCAACAUUUUUACUUUUUACAAUAAACAGAUAAUUAAAUUAAAUAUCUACGGAUACAGUAAAUAUAAUAUAUGUUAUUUUAAUUUUUACAUGGGAUGAUUCUGACACUUUGUUAACUGAUUGUCCAGCGUUUACUAAGACGACAUCCGGUUUAACUUUGGACCAAACAUAUGUUUGAAGAAGAUAUUCGGCUUAUGUAAUAAUUAUCAUGCUCAAAUGUCGGACAAAUAAUAAAUAUAAAUGUGUUUUAAACAAUAAUAUGAUACAUUCCAUUUUUUAUUAUCAAAAAAGAAAACUGAAACUUCCGAAACAUUCAGAGAGAAACUCUUUUUUACACCCGCAAGUCUGUUAUUGAAGGCAAAUGGCAUAGGGGCUAUAAAAUACUGGACACGACGUAAGAAUGACCACACAUGAAUAAUUGAUUGAUUUCAUGAGUACCAUUCGAUAAACUUGAAUAAUAUAUUAAGCAUGAUAAAAAGCUUUGAACGGCAUACCACAUGAACAAGUCAGAUCGAAGAAUAUGUAUGGAUGAUUCGCGUUUUUCCACUUACCAUAUAUGUUUUAA